UGAUCCGCGUAGAGUACGCGGAAUGUAGUUUUCUAGUCUCUUCCACCUCAACCCAUUCCCACACGAAUAAGAAGUCUUCUACCUGCUGGACUCUUCGCACACUUUACACCGUAGAACGCACAAAAGAUCCAUCUGCUUGUGGCCAGAAGAGAAAGGAGCAGGUGAAAAGGACGCAAUAAUUCUCAUCAACCCCGUUCGGUUGUUGCUGGUAAAUAUGCCUUUCGAUCAUCACUGUUUGUGGUCCAAGGAGUGGUGUUGUUUACUGGCGUAGUGUUGAAGCUUUCGUGGGUUUUCUAUAUCAAGAACUUGAGAUUGUGGGGUGUGUGUGUGUCGUUGUGUUCUUUAAUCUAUCUGUCGGUUUGUUGAAUAAAGAUUGGUUCUCGACUCAGUGAAAUCCCAAGGAUUUGGCUGUUUGAUGUGAUCGUAUACCGCAGUCUUGUUGAAAUGGGUCAGUCUUGUUGAAAUGGGUUUCUGAUGGAGUAUGAUUUGUGGGUUUUACAGGGAUGGAGUUGGGGAGGAUGAGGAACUGAGCUGCUGAGUUUAUCACUCUGGCCUGGACUUGUAUGCUUGAAUUUUGUUGCUGCUUGCAUUGGGUUAGUAGAACAAGGAGAGGUGGGCUUCAGAGAUUGCAGCUCGUUUGUUCUGUUUGGUUUUCAUAUUCAUCAAAAUGGCAUCUUUCACUGCUUUGGCAGCUGCCCAUUGAUUAUGGCUAAUGUUUGAUCCAAUGUGAACUCUGGUAUUUGGAGAUUGGAUUGCUGAAAGCUCUCUUGUCAGAGAUGUGAGAAUUUUGAUUGGGAUUGAUAACACUUAAAUCUUCUCUCUGAAGAUAUGAGGAUGGGGGCUUUUAAUUGCUUUGGUUCUUCCUGGAGGAAAAAGAAAGAUAAGGUGGAAAGCAGUGCUAUUUCACCUUCUGAAAAUAACAAGGAUGACAAAACUCUUCAUGUAAAGCUUGAGCAUCUUAAGAAUUGUUCGGAAACGACUGAGUUGACGUCAAGUUCUUUUAGUGUUCCGGUUCCUUUCUCUAUUCCCGGAAGUUCUAUGUGCAAGGUCAAGGUUGUAAAUCAUGGUAUUCCAGUUGCAAGUGAUGCUGGAGAGGCAGAUUAUGAAGGUGGGGAUGAGCAUGACGAAACUUUGUCCAUGAAGAGGGAUAAUUCUGAUUUUGAUUUACAAGCCCGUGUUGAGAACUCGAAUGAAGAAGAAUGUGGAUCAGUUGACAUUUUCUGCUCCCUGCAUAUGAAUCACGAUAAGAUACAAACAAAUGAUACUGAGGAAGGCGUGGAUACGGAUAUAAAUGGGCAUGUUAGUGAUCCCGGCAUUGGGAAAUUAGAAUUUUGGGCCUCGCCAAAACUCAAAAGAUCGUGCUCUGAUUUGGCAAUCAGAAGUAUGUGUCACGAGCUUGUUGAACACCUGCCUCCAUCUGAGAAAGUGCAAAGAUUAGCUGACAGGUACAGAAAGGAAGUCUUUGUGCGGGAUGCCACAAGUCCUGUGUCUGUUAUGACAAAUCGCAGUGCCGACAAAGUGAUAUUGAAGAAGCACUCUUCCAGUCAAAUACUUCCCUCUGGUAGCAGAAGACUGUGGUGGAAAUUGUUGCUGUGGAGCCACAGGAAUCUGCAUAGAACAGGUCCUGUAAAAACACAGCCAGUUGCAAUGAAGCCUGCUCCUAACCAGCAAGGUGGAUACUGUUCAGAUACUGUGGAGCCAAGACCAGCUGUGGAGUUGAGCAAGUCGGAGUCGCCUAGCUCAUUCAUUGGAGAGUUCAUUGACAUUGGCAACAGUGACAUAAACACCCAGCGCUGGGACGGACUUUAUGGAUUUUCUGGGAUGUGGCCUCAAAAUCAGUGGGUUGCAUUUCCUACAGAGUCUUCUCCUUUGGCAAGAGUAGAUGAGUGGGUGAAAGAAGUUUCAGAGCAGCCGUCGUUUCAGAUUGGAAAUGAUGAUCAGACAGAAGAUGGUGUCAUCUUUCCACCCUCUCCCGAGAAUGGAACAUCAUCAGCAAGGGGCUCUUUUCAUUCAACUCGACAUCCUGCUAUGAACAUGCCGGAGGAUAUUUCACAUGCCAAUAGUGUUAUACAAUCCUUGAAUGCUUCUUCAACUGUUGCUCAUAUAACAGGCAUCGGACUGAAAGUUAUACCUCCCAUAUCUCAUUUUUCUAGCCUCCGAUCUGUCAAUUUGUCUGGCAAUCUCAUAGUUCAUAUAACUCCAGGAUCUUUGCCAAAGGGUCUCCAUGUUCUUAACUUAUCCAGGAACAAGAUAAGCACCAUUGAAGGGCUUAGAGAGUUGACUAGACUGCGGGUGCUCGACCUCAGCUACAACCGGAUAUGCCGAAUUGGCCAAGGGUUGUCCAACAGUACACUCGUUAAAGAACUCUAUCUUUCUGGUAACAAGAUAAGUUAUGUUGAAGGACUCCAUAGGCUUCUGAAGCUGACUGUCUUGGACCUGAGCUUUAACAAGAUAACCACAACGAAAGCACUUGGCCAACUGGUAGCCAACUAUAAUUCUCUACUAGCUCUAAACCUGUUGGGCAAUCCAAUUCUAAGCAACAUCAGCGACGACCAGCUGCGUAAAACGAUAUGCAGUCUUCUCCCAAAGCUAGCUUUCCUGAAUAAGCAGCCUGUAAAUCCUCAGAAAGCGCGAGAGAUAGGUGGAAAUGCUAUUGCUAAAGCUGUACUGGGGAGUAGCAGUAGUGGCCGGAUUAGUAGAAGAAAAGCAGUGAAGAGGGUAAACCAAGGAAGUUCGUCGUCUCCUAGUGUGCGGAGAAGCAGCGGCAGUGCUGCACAGAAGAGUAGCAGGCAGAGGACAAGAAGUGGUUCUCGAUAUCACUCUGCUGCAAAGGACAAGAUAUAGUAGCAUCUUCUUUGCAAUGGGACUUGUAUUCUCAAUUUUUCCCUUCAUUUGUGUUUGUUGUAGUGAGGGUUGUGGAUUGCACGUGUGUGUGAGUGUGGUGAAACUGUAGAUUUCUUCUGGAGGAUUUCCGGAAAUGUGAUUGUUUCUCUUUUUCCACUUCCAUUUGAGUUUUCUUGAUUGUCCAUUUCAAAGUUAUGAGUGAUGAGUAGAGUACCAAAA